GACCUCACUCAGCUGAUUCAGUCAAUCAGGUAGCAGCACUCACGAUACCUGUUCAAAACUAACAAAACGUUUACACGCUCACUUGUGGUUGUAACCUUUAAAAUUACACCACUACCAUUUGCCAUUUUUGAGCUGACUAUGGCCACACGUGUUCGACCGAGUAGUAAGCGCUGUGCGGUCAUCGGGGGCUCAGGUUUCCUGGGCAGGCACCUGGUGGAGAAGUUGCUGGAGCGUGGCUACACCGUGGCGGUGUUUGACAUUCGCCAGAAUUUCGAGAUACCCGGCGUUUCCUUCCACCAGGGAGACCUCUGCGAUUUGCAGGCUCUGCUGCCAGCACUGAAGAGUGUGUCUCUGGUGUUCCAUUGUGCCUCUCCAUCACCAGCUAGUGAUGACAGGGGACUGUUUGAGAGGGUCAACAUUCAGGGCACCAGGACUGUCAUUCAGGCUUGCAUUGAAGUCGGAGUACAGAAAUUGGUGCUGACGAGUAGUGCCAGUGUGGUAUUUGAGGGCUCUGACAUAAAGAAUGGGAGAGAAGAUUUACCCUAUGCCAAGAAGCCGAUUGACUACUACACAGAGACAAAAAUCAAGCAAGAAAAGUUGGUACUGGAGGCUUGUGACAAGAAGAAGGGUUUCCUCACCAUUGCCAUCCGUCCCCAUGGCAUCUUUGGACCUCGGGACCCGCAGCUGGUCCCCAUCCUGGUUGAUACAGCUCGCAAGGGCAAGAUGAAGUUCAUCAUUGGGGAUGGCACCAACCUGGUGGAUUUCACCUUUGUGGAGAACGUCGUACACGGACAUAUCCUUGCCGCUGAACACCUGAGGCCCGACUCGCCCAUAUGUGGAAAGCCGUAUCAUAUCACCAAUGAUGAACCGGUUCGAUUUUGGGACUUCAUGUCAGAUGUGUUGGUCGGCCUGGGUUACCCCGCGCCACGCUACCACUUGCCCUACACUCUCGUUUACGGCCUGGCUCUUCUGCUUUGGCUUCUGUCUCUGGUGCUACGCCCCUUGAUCUCCUUCAAACCUACGUUCACGCCAAUGAGAGUGGCUCUGGCUGGAACCCAUCACUACUACAGCUGUGAGCGAGCCAAACAGGACAUGGGCUAUAAGCCUCCGGUUUGCCUAAAGGAGGGGAUCGAACGCACGGUCCAAAGCUAUCCUCAUCUCAGACAGAAUGCAUAAAAAAAGAGUAAUGAUGAUAACAGUCGAGGCACAUGCACUGAAUGGACGAAUCCAAAUUGAAUCAAAUCAUUCCAAACUAUGCAACGGUUACUGGUGGCAAGCCUUCUUGUGCCUUUUCAACUAUACUGUAAUAUUUGCUCCAGCAGAUGUCAGCAUCUCCCCAUUCACACGUAGGGAAUUAUUCAAAAGCCUUUGCAACGUACUUCUAUUUCAAUAGCACAAAUAAAAUGCACUUAAUCCCGCAAACUGUCAACACUCUGAAUCAAUUUACUAUAGCAAAACAAGCCAAAACAUAUCAUAGGAUGCAGAGCAGUGCGACACCACUCCAAACAAAAAGCAUGAUGCGUGUUUUCAGUCAAAACUGAGCAUUGUCAUGUGUUUUUGAUGUGUUGGAUCUUAUUAGAUUUUGGGAGUGUGGAGGCAGUGGUAGCUCUUGUUUCAUAUGCACACAGUCAUCCAAUGGAAAAAAAAAAAACACUUUAAUAUUGUUCAUGGAUUUCCUUAUCAUAUGCAAGCCAUCAGUCAACAAUGUCAUGAGUUAUCAUGACAAAUGUGCACCCAAAUUCCAUUUCCUAUUUGGCAUUGCAGUGCGCGUGUUGCACAAAGCAAAAGUCCAUGGAGAAACGGCAUGUCUGUAGUUUUUGCAUCAAUGAACUGAAGUGGCCCUUAAAGGCUGCCUUCAAUUUCAUCUGACACUUUUUGUAAUGAAUUACAAUGCCGAGUUUUCUCAUCCUUAAUUGACCAUUUUCACUAAUGCUAAGAAUUCCUGCACCUAUGCUUCAAAUAUCUUGUUAGAGUUUCUUCCCCGAGGAGAGAAAGCUGUUGCAAAAGUGUACUGUUCUUCAUUACAAUGAAAUAAAUGUGAUAUUUUUUUUGUUAUGUUGCUAAAUAAAAAGUUUUGUAAUUCA